AUGGUGUUAUUCGGCUCUGAUGACUUCAACUUUGAUGCCAACCCGAUCCCGGGUCCCGGUCCAUCAGGAAAGCAAUUGGAACGGAAUGAAAACACCAGCGACUUCGACGAGUCCUCUGAUGGCGACAAUAAUCAACUCGAUUUGAACACUGAUCUCAUUGGCGUUAAUCGCACGACGAAGGAUCUCAAUAUCGUGAAUACUUACAGGCCACGUUGGACAUGUAAAGAAGCCUUCCGUGAGUCUUACCAAAACUGGAGAGACGGCAUCCUGAAAUCCUUCAACCUGAAGCUAUCCCAACUUCGCCCUACGUAUACCGAGAACAAGACAAAACGACUCAUACUCAUCGAGGCGCAUCACCCAGAAACCAAAGAGCUUCUUGGUUUUAUACAGUUUAAACACGAUAAGGACGGAUACUGCGUUGGAGGCCUUAGGAUCGUCAACUUCAAAGCCACUCUCAAGUACCGCAAUCUGGGUACUGGUGCGACGACUAAGGCCUAUGAUGAUGGACAAACGGGACAGCAUGGAGACGGCAUGAAGAUCUCCGCUCUUGUUUAUCGGCGCAACAACUACAACGUCCGUUAUGAGAGCAGUAGUUUCAAGUGGAGAUUUCUCUAUAAGAAGGGGAGCUUAGCCUGUUCGCUCACCCGCAUUAACGAGACGAUCUUGAAGCAGAUGAUGAAGAAGGCGCGGGGUCAGCCGAGGACUCAUAAUUCGCAUCCGUGGGAAGAUGUCUGUUUGAUAGUUGGCGCUCCAGGACCUACGCGGGAUAUCUAUGGACGUAGGAAACCAGGUGAACGACUCUCGAUUACCGAUUUCAAGAGAUGGAUUACCGUCACGCUCGACAUCGACCCACCCCAGAACAUUAUCCACACCAGUCAUGGCGAUCUCAUCCGCGACCCCAAAUAUCGAGGACACAUGUACCUGCGUGGUCUUCUCUUACCGCGCGGGGGUACUAGGGGGAACAACUACAAAUACGGCUAUAACUUCGUUGAAGGAAGUACUAGCUCUGACCGCGAUGCGCUUACGGGCGGAGGAGAAGAGAGUGAAGGAAUAUCUGCCAUCUGGACAGCUGCGAUACGAACAGACCAGUCGACUGACUCAGAACUCGUAUCAGACUACACCGAACUGCUUCUGAGUUCCAUCAAUAAGAUGGGCGAUGUAAUGCUGCAUAUCGACGAUGGAGAGGAUGAGCUCAUGCCAGGCGAUAUUGCCAGGCAGGUCUGGGCGAAGAUGUUGACGCUCAAUACGGAUGGAGAUAAUCGGGCAGCCUUCUACUAUUCGGCUGCUGAGGGGAAAGACGUGAGUUGA